CGGAAGUACUGUCACAGAUAUUCGCCAUGGGUAGUAAGAUGGCGGCGGCCAGCAGGGUCGUUCAGGUAGGUAUAAGGGUUGUGAAGCCACAUGUGCCAGCGAUUAGAUUUCCUGAUAGAAAGAACAGUCCAAAGCCUAGUGUACAAGAAGCUUUAAAGUCCAUGAUCUACCCCUUUAGUGCUCCCUCAGUUAUACCACAUCAAGGUACAGCUGGUAACCCUUCGCCAGGUGCUCAGAAUACCCCAUCUGUACACAGAGUUCUAAGUAAACUAGACACAACGGAUUUAAUAAAACCACUGCCUCAGAAAUACAGAAGAAAGAUAGUGAGCAAUGAAGAAAUGGAAUAUAUUCAACGUGGGGGUCCUGAAUAAGUCAUCCUGGGCAGGAUUCAAAGUUUGAAGAUUCCUGAGCAAGAUUCAAAGUUUGCAACUGCAUCAUGCCAAGACUCUAAGUUUUAUAAAUAUUUAACAAUGAACAAUUGUAAAGUAGUAGUUGUAAUAUAUAACAAUGGUAGUUCCUUACACAAGUUGGAAGCCAAUAACCUCUGUAGUUUCUUAUAUCUCUGAAAAGGCUUUUUUUUUCUUUAAGAAGUAACUGUAACAAACGUAUUUGCAUUUUGUAAAGCUUAAAAAAAUAUUAAAUGAAUUUGACUAUUUGUCUUAA